AUGUGCAGCGGCGGUCCGCUUCCAGGGUCACACUGCAGCGUCAUAGCCAUCCUCUACCCAGGAGAUCUGCUGAAGGCUGAGGGACAGAAAGUGCCAGACACAGUGUCGGACGAGAAGGUCGGCACCGGCAUGCUUGCCGCAACGUCGUUCAGGUGGGUAGCCAAGCAGGUUGACCUGCUGAUGGGCGAGAAGGGUCGUGGUGCGGUGAGACUCGAGAACAUCAAGACAAAGGGGCUAAAGUCGUUGCGAGACAGCAUGAUGGAGUACAUCUGCAAGCGCAUCGCCGAAAAACGCUCUGCGGCGCCGACAUCACAACCCCCCGACAGUGUGAUUGAUGACGACGGCGCGGAAAGACAGACGGCGCCCCAAGCAGCAGUUGCCGGCCAGCAUCAGGGGAACGCGAGGGUGUUCACGGAAGGAGGAAACGGUGGUGGAGGAGGCAACACUGCGACAGGUGGAGGAAGGAAGGAAGAGGAGGAGUCGGAGGAGGAUUCGGAGUCGGAGUCGGAGUCGGAGUCUGAGGAGGAGGCGGAGAAGCGGAAGGACGAGGAGGAGGACGAGGAGGAGGAGGAGGAGAAGGACGAGAAGGAUGACGGCGAUGCGGAGGAGGAAGGGAAGGAUGAGGAGGGGGAAGGGAAGGAUGGGGAGGGGGAAGGGAAGGAUGAGGAGGGGGAAGGGAAGGAUGGGGAGGGGGACGGGAAGGAUGAGGAGGGGGUGGAGGAAGUGGUGGAGUACGAGGUGGAGUUCGAAGAGGAGGAAGCUGCACUAGAGGCGGUGGGGUCGGUGGAUGAAAAGAACGAGGAAGCGGAGGAUGGCGAUGCGGGUAAUGAUACGAGGUCGGCAGAUGGGGGGAAGGAGAAGGAUGAGGUCGGCGUGGAGGCAAUGACGGAAAAGGGCCGGGAGGAGGCGGCAUGCGAAGGUGGGAAGGUGUCGGUCAACGCCGGCGAAGUGGCGAACACCACGGGCGUGCAGGAGACGGAGGACGCUUCUGGUUGGCAGGGUAAUGAGCUGGACGACGUCGAGCAGGAUGCGACGGGAGAACUGGCUGAGUUGGCCGAGCAGGUCGACGACACCGAGAAGUAUGCGGCGGAACAGCUGCGAAACGCGACGGCGGCCACGUCGAAGACAAUCACGGGCAACAUCACCGGCAGCUUCGACGAAGCGUGGAAGACGAUGAAGACCUUCGCGGAACAGGCGACAGCAUGGUUGGAAGACUUCGACAACCCGCAGGGUCGUGUGGCAGUUGCACGCGCGGUAGCGGUCGACGCGUUGGCUGAGCAUGUGACUGGGGUGGUGGGCGAAGCGCAGCGGGGUUUGGAGCUGUACAUCACGACGCAACUAUCCGCCGCGCAGGUCAACAUCGCCACCGUUGUGACCACCAGUCUCCCCGUGCAGCCGCCGCCACCGCCUCCGCCCACGCCGCCCGCCCUCUUGGAAGAGCUCUUGAAGUCAUUCAAGGCCGACAUUAUGAAGGCGGUGACGGAGGCCACCCAGCAGCCUUUCGUCGCUUCCGGGAUGAAGAUGAUGGCCGAGAUGGUCGGCACUGUGGCGCCUGGUCGACGUGGGUCGUCGCCGUCGGCCAAUGACGCCGAUCACGCGCAAGCGGAAGACGGCCGACAAGCAGGGCCUGAAGAGGACGGGCGACGGAGACGACAAGGAGAGCGCGAAGGGCGACGCAAAGCGGAGCAAGGGAUCGGACGGGAGCCGCGGCUCGAAGCCUGCGCCACAGAGCGUGGUCGACCAGUUGAAGACGAAGGCGGGGUGGAGGGUGAUAAGGACUCAGGUGCGACCAAAGAUGGGAAGGCCCGUGCGGCCCCUCCAGCUCCAGGAGCCCCGGCUGCCGUCAAGGGCGGCGCGAAGGCUGCUUCGGCUAAGGGCGCUACUCCGGCAUCAGCUAAGGGGCCCCCCGGUGCUGACACGCUCAGGGAGAUGCUCCACCGCAUGGAGGCACAUAGCAGGGACGUGCAGCAGCAUCCCGUGGUCGACGCCGGCCUUGCCGGAACAGCACGUCGCUCCGUCACUCCGCAGGUUGCCGGCACAUCGUCCGGGGCCUCACCUGCAGCGCAUCCGGUUGCCGCCCCAACGCCUGCGGACUCCAAGUCAGCGUUUCUGCGCGCCCAUUUAGUCGGACGCAAAGCGGCUGCUCCACCUGUGACUCAGCAGGAACACGGCAAAAGCGCGACGACGACGUCGGUAAACGCGACCGCACCCUCACCAGGUGCAGCUGUGGUCGAUGCGGCGGCGGAGAGGGGAUUGGCGACCCACGGUGGGGGAUCGGCGGAGCCGACGGCUGCAACGGGUGCUGUCGCCGAGAGUAAUGCGGGAGGGCAGGGGAAGGUCGACACCGAGAAAGGGAGCGCGGUCUCAAAAGGGAGCACGCGGGCGAUGUCGGCGGGGAAGGAGAUGUCGGAAGAGAAAGGGAAGAAGGCGGAAGGGAGUCAGGACAAGAAGGGCGGCAAGAGUAAGCCGGCGAAGAAGAAGGAGAAGGCGGAGGAGGAUGACGAGGAGGGCGGCGAGGGAGAUAAAGAACGCAGGGGGCAUGGCAUCCGCCAAGACAGGUCCGGCGACGGGCAUGGGUGGGUGGGCGAGAUUAAGGUAAACGAACGGAAUCGAUAUAUCGGCAAGUCGAGGGAGAAGAUGGAGCUGGCCUACGAGCACGCGAUUGCGUACGUCGUCUACGACGGCUACGUGAGCAAGGUGCUCAUGAAGGAGCUCACCGUCUUGAAGCCGGGGGAGUUGGAGAAAUGGAAGGAGGUGUGGGAGGAGGUCAAGUUCUUACCGACUGGGUUGUGGACGGUGAUGUGGGCCAGAGGCUUGUGCCAUCCGAGAGCAAGGAUCGACGACAUACUCGGCAGGUACCGUGGGUACGCGAGGUCGGGUGAUGCGCUUCAUGGGGUGCUCUGGCCGGCGAUAUGGUUCCCCAUCAUCGAAAACACAGAGGAAGGCAAGGAGGAGACGGAGGCUCUCAUGUCGGCGAUGGUAAAUCGCGUGUCGAUGUGCGCGGCGUAUGGGAAAGUCGCAGCGAGCGCGGCGUUUGGGAAGGUCGACGCGAGUGUAGAAGGGAAUGCGGGAGAGAAGACAGAGAUGGAAGGCACGGAGGGGAAGGCGGACGAGAAGACGGAAAUGGCGGCCCAUGCGUUAGCGGCAUCUGCAUGCGCCCUCUGGUGCUUCGUGGAGACGGGAGCGUCGUUGCUCGGUGCUGUGGGCGAAGGGAAGGCGGCGGCGAUGGUCGCAGGUGCGGAGGAGGAGAGGGCCGAGACAUUCAAGAAGGUGAUGCACGCGGUGAUCGACUUAGCACGCAGUCGGGAGGCUCCCGCGGGGGAGGUUGCCCAUUACGUUGCGCCAUCGCUGCAGCGCCACACAGUGGUCAGGGCCUUCGAGGAGGGAGUUGAGGAAGUCGAGGCCGACAUGAUCGCCAGAGCGACGGUCGAGACCUUGGCGUUCUGGGGAAUGUGCCCCGUCGCCGGGCCCAAGCUAAAAGAGCAGGGCAUCGAUGUGCCGUGUGACGCGAAGAUGGAGUACGAUAUGGAUCACAGGGGAAGGAAGGGGGAGAAGGUCAAGCAGGGCAAGGGCAGCAAGAGGAAGAAGGGCAAGGAGGGCAAGGGCAGUACGGAUGCGUAG